GGGGUGUUGAGGCUUUGGCUUAGAUGGGGAACCAGUGGUUGAGAGCAGACAACACCAAUAUAGAUGGAGUAUUCAAUUAUGCGAAACUAUCAUCACCUUCUCGCGCUUUCAAAUUCAACCCUCUUCAUGAACAUUUGAUGGGCACUGUUCCUAUCCUUGCUGUGCUCUGCUCCAACAAACCUAAUGGGCACUGGUUUCAGGCUAAAUCUGAAAUGGGGUUUUGCAAUUCACUCCCCUUCCUUCACCAAUUCAUCGUCAUGGCCUUCCUCCUCAUACUCCUUUAGGGGCAGGGAGUCUUCUUAUGACUUGGCAAAGAUGUCAUUCCCAUCUGUUGUUUCUUGGGAAAGUGAGGCUUCAUACAAUGAUCUUAUGGAAUCACCUACUCGUACAUCUGCUUCACAAACCUUAGAAAAUUAUUGCCUGGAAACAGAGAGAAUGAAGGUAAAUGUUGGCAAGAGGUCCCAUGUUCAUAUACCGUCUGGAGAAAAUAAAUUGGCAUAUCUUACAAGCUUACAAGCUAAAGAAAUAUCGCAUUACAGUUUAUUAAUGAAAAAUCUAAAUAUUUUAGAGGAGAUGUUUUCUAGUUCAGAUGUGUUAAGGUUGGAAAAUGAUAUUCUCAUACAAUUAGAAAGGCUUGGAGCUUUAAAAUUAUUCCAUGCCUGUCUAGUCAGGACCCUCAAAACCCCAAAUUUUUUUGACCUAUCUGACGCGCCAACUGAGCUUGUUGACGAGCACCGCCUGAAUGGCAUAGUGGAUGAUCAUCACUUGGGUAAGAUUGUUGUUCGCUCUGGCAAAAAGGAAGAAAGAAAAUCAAGAAGAGAGAGAGCAUCAGAAAAGGCCAAUUUCGUGUCAGCAUUGGCAUUACCUUCAAAAACCAUUCACAAGGACCCUCAAAAGUCUAAGGUUUCUUCUUCUAGAAGACCAUCAAAAUCUAAAGGUAGGAGACUGAAAAUGGUUAGGAAUGAGGCGGAAAUGUCAAGAGGGGUCAAGUUGGUUACUGACUUGGAAAGGAUCAGAACGAUAUUGGAACAAGAAACUGGGCAAGUAGCAAGCUUGAGUAGCUGGGCAGAAGCUGCUGGAGUUGACAAGAAGGAACUGCAGCAGCAGUUGCAUUUUGGUUGGUAUUGCAUGGACGAGCUUAUUAAAAGUUCACGGUCCUUAGUUUUAUACCUUGCAAGAAACUACAGCGGAUUGGGAGUGGCCUUCGAAGAUCUAAUACAGGCAGGGAAGUCUGGUGUCCUGCAAGGUGCAGAAAGGUUCGACCACACUAGGGGAUACAAAUUUUCAACUUAUGUUCAGUAUUGGAUAAGGAAAUCAAUGUCGACGCUGGUGGCACAGCAUGCUCGAGGAAUUCGAAUUCCUUUCACGUUAAGCAAGGCAAUAAAUCAGAUACAGAAAGCUCGAAAAACCCUUAACUACAGCCACGGGAAAUACCCAGACGAUGAUGAAAUCGCAAAGUUCACAGGUCUGUCCUUGGCUAAAAUCACAUCAGCUAGCAAAUGCUUGAGAGUCGUGGGUUCAAUUGAUCAGAAGGUGGGGGACAAUGUCAGUGCAAAGUUUUUGGAAUUUACACCAGAUACAUCAGUAAUGACCCCCGAAGAAACUGUCAUGAGGCAGCACAUGCUAAAAGACAUGCACAAUCUUCUGAGAGGCCUGGAUCCAAGAGAGAGGCGAGUGUUGGUUCUAAGAUUCGGACUUAGGGACCAUCAGCGCAAGUCACUUGAGGAAAUCGGGAAGCUUUUCCAUGUGAGCAAAGAGUGGAUAAGGAAGAUAGAGAGGAAAGCUCUGGCAAAAUUAAGAGAUGAAGAAACGUGCACAAAUUUAAGCCAUUAUUUGUAAAAAUAGUUGCAAAUAGGUCCUAUAAGCUUAUCUUGCCAAGCCUUGUAGUUGUUGAGAAGUUGGUUCUCGAUGUAGAGUAAGGCUAGAUAGCACUGGAGAUGCCAACAAUGGUGUCAUUUUGGUGAGAAAUGAAGAAUUCAAUAGAUGUGUUGUGAGUUUUAAAACUGAAAGUAUCUGCCAUCUGAAUUACCAUGACAUGUCGGUUGAGGGUGCAUUUCUUGCAAUCUUCUGGUCUUCUGGAUUACCCACAACUCCACAAGCCAUACAAACUCUGUUGUACAGAUGCCUUGUAGUUGAGGUUGAGAAGUUCGUUCUCGAUGUAGAGUAGGGCUAGAUAGCACUGGAGAUGCCAACAAUUGUGUCAUUUUGGUGAGAAAUGAAGAAUUCAAUAGAUUUGUUGUGAGUUUUAAAACUGAAAGUAUCUGCCAUCUGAAUUACCAUGACAUGUCGGUUGAGGGUGCAUUUCUUGCAAUCUUGCAUUACCCACAACUCCACAAGCCAUACAAACUUUGUUGUACAGAUUCUUUCUUUUGUGCCAGAAAAUGUAAUGCCCAUUUUUUUUUUUGUUUCUUUUUUACUUCUUUUUUCUUUUUCCAUUUUUUUUUUCUA